AUGUCUGGUAGAGGAAAAGGCGGCAAAGGUCUCGGCAAGGGAGGCGCCAAGCGUCAUCGCAAAGUCCUUCGUGAUAACAUCCAGGGUAUCACUAAGCCCGCUAUCCGCCGAUUGGCUCGUCGCGGCGGAGUAAAGCGUAUCUCCGGUCUCAUCUACGAGGAGACUCGCGGUGUGCUGAAGGUCUUCUUGGAGAACGUCAUCCGUGAUGCCGUAACAUACACCGAGCACGCUAAGAGGAAGACCGUAACAGCCAUGGACGUGGUCUACGCUCUGAAGAGACAAGGGCGUACUCUCUACGGAAAAACCAUGUGCCAAAACCAUUGCGGUAUAUUUUAA